AUGGAACCAAACAAAAAACAAACCGCAUUCGAUAAAAUGGAGAUAGAAAAGGAGAGUACUGACGUACCCAACAAGGAGGUGAUGGAGAUGGAACGGUCGCCGACAGACCAGCUCUGCCAGACGAUAUAUAUAGAGGAUCUAUUACAGGAUCCUAAUAUGGAAGAACGAAAAGAACGUAAGGAACAUUCGUUACCGGUUGUCCAUAUUGAGAAGCAAACUCUGGAACAGAGAAUGGAGGAGGCUAGAGGAAGCCUUAGUCAGCCCUCUACCUCCUCAUUCUUUAAAAGACCAGGCCCCAAAUCAUUUAAAGGAAGGACAGCAGAGAGUUACAGUCGUGACUCCUCUGCGAUGGACACGGAGACGUACGAGAUAAGCUCGUCGGACAGCGACGUAGCGGACUACAGCAGGAAUAGGGGAAGAAGAGUCGCCAUCGAGGAAGACUCUGAUGUCUCACCACCGGAAAAGGUAAACAUCGGGAACUCGGGUCUUCAAAGAACGACGGGAAACAGGAAAAGGGAAAGGAUGGCCUCGGACUUGGAUAGCGACCACAGAAGAAGCAGAACGACCGGAGAUUAUGUCGGCAGGAGGGAGGCCAUAAGAAAAUACAAUGAGGCCAAGGAAGAACAACUACAAAUAGACAGAGAAAUACUCAUUAGAGAGUACAGUUGUAUGGAUCUCUUUAAGAAGGCAAAAAUGGACAUAGAUAAAAUAAAAGACAACAUGAAAGGGAACUCCAUGGAGGAACUAGGAGAAAAAAUAAGUGGUAACAUGAAAGAGAUCAUGCGCAUAGCGAGAUGUUCCAGCAAUUUAAAAGGAACUUUCCAGAAGAGUCUGAAGCUCGCCGCAGCCACAUCAAUGGGGAUCUUUGAAAUUAUGAGAGAAAGAUCUAAGCUAUCUAAAGAAGACGCUAAAUCGGAAGAGGUGAAAUCAUUAAAGCGAGUAAUCGCUAAAUUAAAAUCUAAACUGGAGGAUGGAAUAGAAAGUGAGAAGAAAAAAGCACUGCAGGCAAAAGGCGAAGCAGAGGCCUAUAAAUCUGAGCUGCAGGCGCUUAAAAAGAAAUAUGAGAAAAAAGACAAAACUCCUAGUCCUAAGGAAAAGGAGAGAGAAAAAAGCAGUAGAGGAAAGUCUACAUCGGACUCCACAAAAAAGAGCCCGAGAAGAACUCCCUCAGACCAAAUAAAAGCAAGGGAUAAGCUCAUGACGUCUGAGUCAGAGCACAUGGACGUUGACGAGAAAUCGCCCAGACCGAAGAAAAUUACACUGGACAACCCAGAUAACUGGCCAGAAGUUAUUCGACCAACGUUGUGCGGGAAACGGAAAAUAAUAGAGGAAGAUCCGGUUUCAAAAAAGGCCAUAUAUGAAGCCUAUAAAAAGUAA